GGUCAGUGCAUUCAACAUUAAACAAGGGGCAGGAUGUCUAUGGAUGAGAACAUAUAUAUGAAUUUAGAGGUGCUGGACGUUGGGAAAAAACAACCACAUGGAACAGUGGACACAGACAGCCACAAUGGGGUUACAGAAGCUGUGGUCAGUUCAGACACUGCAAGAUUCAAAGUUGCCACAGUUUGUCUGGGUGUCCUCAGUUUCACUUUAUUCAUCAUUGCUGUGGGAGUUGGAGCCAGAUUCCACACAGUGUAUGUUCAGAUGAUGGGACAAUGGUUGAACUCCUCUCGACAGACAGAGGCUCUGCAGACCCAGAUCCUGAACCUGACAGUGGAGAGGGACCAGAUGAACAACAGUUAUUUCUCUGUGGUGAAAGAGCUGCACAGGGCCAAGGCCAACAUGGUGUCCUGUCCCGAUGGGUGGAAGAGGUUUGGCUUUAGAUGUUAUUUUAUGCCUCAAACAGUUAACACUUGGAGCAACAGCAGAAGGCAAUGUCAAAAUAUGGGUGCAGACCUGGUAGUUAUCAAAAGUCAGGAAGAAAUGAUGUUUUUGAAUAAUCAUGGAGAUAAAUUUUGGAUUGGUUUGAGCAGAACAUCAAAUGAUGUCUGGCAAUGGAUCGAUAGAAGCUCUGUUAUCAAUUCAUAUUGGCAAAAUUAUCAUCCCACAUCCUCCAACAUGUAUGCACAUCAGAAGAAUUGUGCAGCUUUCAACAGAUUUGAAGCACGAAUGUAUACCACAAUAAAGUCCUGGAGUAGCGAGUAUUGUGAUUUUAACUAUUAUAAGGGGGUUUGUGAGAAAAAAGCAAAUCUUAACUCUGUAAUAUCAAAGUAACUAGAGCAGCGGUUUUCAAACUGUGGGAUGAGUACACCUUUUUGGAGCCUAUGUCUUUGUUUUUGCAUUGUUGUUUUUUAAUUACUUCUCCUUACAGCAGUUUGAAUGUGUUAUAUAAUGCAUGUGGUUUUGGUGAGGAACAGUGAUAAGAAUGUCAGCCAAGAUGAAAUCUGGCUUUUUCAUCUACAUUUUAAUGUUGUUUUCUCAUCAAAAACAUACCUUGUGUUGUGUUUCAGUAACACAUUUAACACACAUACUCUGCAUAUUUAGGGGAGUUCUUUUCUAAACUUAAAACACUCCAGCUUAUGAUGUCUUGUGGAUGUGGAAAUACAGGAAGUGCUCCACUGUGCUUUUAAAUAUACACCUUCACUAGAAUCAUUUGGAUAAUUUCAGCCCUGGAAUUUCCAAUCUCUACUGAACUAAAAAUAAACUGGAGCUGUAAACUUGACAACUUGAUGGAACAGAGCAUUUUGAUUUUUGGAGAUGUAGACAGACUAAUAAUAAAGGAUUACUUAAACAUGUGUGAAUGAAACCAAACACAACUUCCUGUUUUUGAGGCAGUGGCUUAAAACGAAAAUAAAAAAAGUCCUCUUUUUAACAAAAAUACUCCAAAAUAUUCAACUAAAUGUAUUUUUUGUACUUUUGUCCAGUUAGAAUUAAACUUCUUUAGCUAUGUCCAGUAGAUGGCAGUGUUGGCUAUACCAUGUAUUUAUUAAACAUUCACAAU